AUGUUGUCCUGCACGUGGGCUUACACCUGGAUCAGUGUGUUUCGUGCGAUCAAUCCAGAGUCUGAGACGCAUCCACAAGCUGCUGUGAAAGUCGUAUCAUACCAAUCAACGACGAAUCGCCAACCUAUUGAUCGACGUGCUCUACAAAAGGAAGUGCAAAUUCACAGUAUCCUCAAGCACAAAAACGUCCUUGCAUUCCUGGGAUCGGUCGAAUAUGCCGUGGCAUCAUCAGCACCUAGCAACUAUGUUCGUGGCCUGUAUAUUCUUCUUGAGCUAUGUGCUGGUGGCGACUUGUUUGAUAAGAUAUCGCCUGAUGUCGGUGUAGAUGAAGACCUUGCGCACUUGUACUUUACCCAGCUCAUGUCAGGUCUAACUUACAUUCAUGGACAGGGCAUCACGCAUCGCGACAUCAAGCCAGAAAACAUGCUCUUGGACGCGCAAGGCAACUUGAAAAUUGCUGAUUUCGGUCUGUGCAGCGUGUACAAGUACAAAGGCAAGGAACGUACACUCCAUGGCACUUGUGGGAGUCUUCCUUACAUUGCGCCGGAAAUGAACGGCCGCCCAUACCAGGGCGAGCCUGUAGAUGUAUGGAGCUCGGGUGUCGUGCUGUUCGCUAUGCUUGUCGGCAACACACCUUGGGACGAACCGACGUACCGAAGUCCUGAAUAUACCGCAUAUCUUUCAGGUGAGCUCCUGCGUAUAGAUCCCUGGACCCGCAUCAGCGGCGAUGCUCUCUCGCUCCUCCGUCGAAUGAUGCAUCCUGAUCCAACGCGUCGUGCAUCUCUGUCGCAGAUCCAGCGGCACAGAUGGUUUACCCGAACGAACCCACUCUUGUCCUCCGGCAAAUGCAAUGACCCUGUCAGUUUGGCUGAGCGUCUUUUGCAUGGCCUCAUAGUGUCAGGUGACCUUCACUUGUCACUUCAUACCGACGGGCAGCGAGCGCCUGUGCCAACAAGUCUGUCGCUUUCGCAGCCGGAGGCGCUCCCCCAGCGUCCGUUGGCCCUAAGUGCAGAAGGUAUUCCCUCCUCCACGGCACAACCCGCCCUGGACUUGCGCCAACGCAUGACACAAGUGCCACGCACACAGGCAGAUGAGUUUACGCAGGCCCUCGGCUUCUUUACGCAAUCCUCCGCCGGGCCCAUGGGUAUAGUUCUGCAACUGACACGCUUCUACAGCACUGCUGCACCUCCAGAUAUAACGGCUGCCGUCACCGAAGCAUUGCAAGUGCAAAAUGCACAAUAUUGUGUCGAAGCCAUGUCAGAUGCUUCUUCAGACUGGCUUGAAUCUUAUGAAGAUGAUGAUGAUUCACUCGCUUCACGCGGCAAUGUCUCGACUGAGUCUCUCCAUGGCGCGCGUGGUGCAAGAAUCCGACUGAGUCUGGUCGAUCGACGGAAGUGUGCAUUGAAAGGUGAAGUCCGCAUUGAACGUGUCGCUGAAUUGCCACCAGAUAUGGGCAUUCACGCAGGACAGCCUGGAAGUUUUGUGCUAAUGCGCCGAAGCAAAGGCAAUCCCUUAGAAUGGCGCCGCUUGUUCCGCGAUCUGUGUAAACAUCCAAGUGUGCGUGCUUCUAUGGCUAUUCCACGCGCAUCAUAA